AUGUAUGACGACAUUGCAGCUCAGAGCCGCGAGCUCGAUAAAACCCUUGAUGAUUUCCGGGAGACUUUGCGGCAUAUUAACAAUUUCAACGCAGAAGACCGUCGGCAGAGGAUUUAUAGAUGUGGGCAACUGGAGCAGCAAGCUAAGACGCUUAGGUCGGCGAUCUUGCUUGAAAUCAAAGCAAUGGACGAUGAGGAAGUCAAGAACAAGUACAAGACGCAAUUGAAGGAGAAAAAUAGAACGUUCAAGAAUUUGUGCAGUCAACUCGAGAUGAAAAAAAACGAGAUUGAUCGAGAUUUGCUAGAAGCAGAGGCAAAUGAAAUGGAUGAAGCGCAGCAAACAGAAAUGACCACGCAACAAGUCAUCGCAGCAGGCGACAAGAUUCAAGAUCAAACUCAGGAUUCUGUGAAUCGGAUGAAAGCCCUUGUGGCAGAUGCGGAGGCAGUUGGGAUUGAGACAGCCGGCAAAAUGGAUGCUCAGAUUGUUCAAAUGGGAGGAAUAGCUGAGGGGUUGAAUGAUGUUGAAUAUAACGUUAAGCGAGCUCAAACAACCGCAAGAACGAUCGCUAAAAAUGCGAUGGGAGAUCGAUGCAUCCAGAUACUCUGUUUAGCAAUUGUUAUUUGCGUCGUCAUCAUUAUCGUUCUGGCGGCAACGAAGUAA